UGACGUUUGAUAUCGCUGGUGAAAAGUUUCUGAAAAAAAGUUUUCUAAUUGCAAAAUUUUUCGAUUCAUUUGCAUUUUGAUUUUAUAACUUCUCAUUGGAAUUCGCUUGUUAAAAACGACUAUAACAUAUACUAAUUGGUGCCAAGAAAUUGAAACAGUGUAUAGAUUUGACGAAAACAAAACUCAAAUGUGUGGCAAACGAAAACAACCAGUUUAAAAAAAAGAGUGGGAACGAUACAUUGCAAAUAUUGAAAACUCAAUCCAGACGCGAAAAAUCAAUUGAUGAAAAUCAAAGUAACACUGGUAUAGUUUUCUAAUAGCGUCUAAUAAUUUUACAGCGCCAAAGCCUACAAAAGCUUCAAGACAACGUAUCCACGCCCACAUAAAAUUGUUUCAGUAGUGAACGGUUGAAGGCUGUUUCCCGAACGUUAAAUAUUGUACUUAACACGUAUUGUGUUUUUGUGCAUUCCUCAGCUAUAGUGAGUGGAUAGCCUCAUAUAUAGUGCCACAAUUUUGAUCCACGGCCAUUGAAUUGUAAACGAUAGCUUCAAUUUUCCAUUCUGAAGUAGGCAUCUAUGCAGGAGACUCUUCAUGUAACAACAACAACAAAGACGAUUAAGACAGCAAAAACUACGUUAGUGACUCAACAGCAGCUGCUACUGCUUCCAACGCUACCAGCACAGCUCAUUCCAGUUCGUUGUGUUGCGCUUCACACGCAUUUGCUGUUGUUACAAGUGUUUCUCAACUGGCGGUAUUACUAUUGUCACUCACUAACCUUACUAGCUUUUAAUGCUGCACACAUAUUAGUAAUCAAGCAAAUUUGGCAACUCGAGUGUUUCAUUCAUGUAGCUCCAGUGCUGCACGUCACUGCACUGGAUCGGUCUUUUAAUGGAUUGUUUUGGAAUGUACGCGUUUACGUAAACUUUAAUUGAAGCAAAAAUUUGCAUGUUAUGCCCCUCAUAUCAAGAGCAGAGCUCUAUUGUUUGUUUUACUCAUUACACAAAAAAUAAUAAAGAAACAUUAAAUAAAGCUGUUCUCGGUGCUUGAAAAAAGUCGAAACUAACAAAUUUAUAAAUGAGUACCGGUAUGAGAUCACAGGAGGGACAGGCGGGGUCGGGACCACGACCAAAAAUGAAUACAUCUAGUGCAUUAUUGACGACAGAGGAGAAUGAGAGUGUCUUCAGACUGCUGGGGAAAAAGUGUCAGACGCUGAAUACAGCGGUGGUACAGAUCUACAAAACGGAGGGAUCCGCCCAUUCCCAUUGGAAGAAGAAGCACACGGGCGUCGUUUGUUUCGUCAAGGAUAGUGGAAUGCGAUCGUACUUCCUGCGCGCCUAUUGUUUAAUAAAAAACGAACUGAUAUGGGAGCAUGAGUUAUAUGAUGCGAUGAAAAUCAUUAAAGCGCGACCCUUUCUACUCACCUUCCAAGGCCAGGAUGGGCACGUAGGCUUGAACUUUGUGUCAGAGGAAGAAUGCGAAUCAUUUUACAGAGCUGUGGACACAACAAUCGAAACGAGAAAUCGAAAGAAACUAGAAAAACGGAAUCGUGCUAAAGCGCAAGCUGCACCAACCGUACCACCGCCGGUAACCAGAGAUGCAAACAGAUUAACAACAGCGAACAAUCAAACGACGACGACGACAACGGAUUCGAGCGUACAAUUGCGUAAUCAUCCACAAAAAAUCAGCUCCAUAACACUGACACCUGGACCCAACCCGGUGGCACCAUCCAAAAAUUUCCUCAGCAGUAGUUUUGGUCUGUCGAGUUCAUCGUCCGGCAAGGAUAAAAAACGAAAAGUAACAAAAGCCGAUAUAAGUACGCCAACCAAUUUCAUGCAUAUCAGUCAUGUUGGCUGGGAUGCUGAUAAGGGCUUCGAUUUAACAGGCAAUGAAAAUGAUGAAGUACUCACGAGCUUCUUCGCCAAAGCUGGCGUCUCAGAGAAUGAACUGAAGGAUCGUGACACGCGUGCCUUCAUUUACGAUUUCAUUCAGAGCAACAACGUGCUAGCAUCGGUGAAAUCGGAGCGCAUUGAAUCGCCAAAGGCUGCAGCACCGAUUGCACCGCCACCAGUGCCAAGUCGUCACCAGCAUCAUCAAAAUGGCACAACCAUAAGCCAAAGAACCGCGCCUCCACCGCCGCCACCGGCGAGGCAACCGCCACCACCGGUGCCAACAACAGUACCAGGUGCGACACGUGCGCCAGCACCACCCACAAGACCACCUCCCAUAAAUAUCGCACCACCACCGCCAGCGCCACCACAGCCCACAGUGGCUGCACCAGCGGCAGCUCCGCCUCCACCUCCGCCACCACCACCACCGCCACCGCCGGCAAUGGCCGAGCCACAUUCAACAAGUAUGACUGAUGCGCCGGCGACUGAAACUAAACGGCGAACAGCGCAAUUACCUGUCGUGCCGGACGUACGUAGCGCACUCCUGGAGAGUAUACGUAAGGGCACGACAUUAAAGAAAGUGGAUACGGCAGCGCUCAGUACUGGUAGUGGCGAUUCACAUAGCGAUUUGAUGUCUGAAAUUCGCAGCGGUUUCGAACUGAAACCAUCGCACGAUCGUGCGCCUGUCAAUCGUAACAGCGAUGACGGCACUAGCCCAGCUGGUAGCGAUGCACUGGCAGUUGCGCUGAGACGCGCACUAUUCGAACGUGAACGCGUCAUGCAGCCGUCAGAUGAUGAAAACGACGAGUCGUCGGGCAAUGACGAUGAAUGGGAGGAUUAAAUGCUAACUAACAAACUGAGUCGAUUGUAAUAGCGAUGUGAUGUUAUGCGUCUACACGUUAACAAUGCAUGUAGAGAGGGAUGUAUUCAAUGCAAACGAAUUCGUUCUAAAGUCAUAUGUUGCAUUGAUAACUCGUUAACUAUAUAAAUUUCAUAUAUCAGUCUUAAUACAUGCAUACUUGUAUAUUAUUUUCUACGUAUCCGAAAGCUUAUAUGUAUUUUCGAUUAAUUAUUUCGGUUUUUAAUUUAAAGCCAGUGAUGCCAAUAGACAUAUUAACACGGAAAGAAAAAAAGAAAAAAUACAAGACAAAUAAGCGGAACAAAGGUGAACCACAAAUAAAAAUUGUGUUAUACUACAAAUUCUUAAAUGAUGUAAACGUUAAUAAGCAGUCAGUUGUGGCAUUAUCGGGUGUGUACAAUUUAUUUAUUUCCCUACUGAGAAAAAUAGUUGCGUCUCGCCGCAAUAUUGUGCUUUAAGGCAGCACAUUAAAAUUUUUGUUGUUGAAUUCUCAACUGAAACUCGGACAAUUUUUUUUUUUUUUCUAAAAGGUGUAAGGCACUUUUAUUUUAAACGGAACUUGUGUACUAAUUUCCUCGUUGACAGUAUACUUAAAUACAUACAUACAGUACAGUUGUAAAUUGCAUAUCUCUGCUCAUUUAAGAUAAAAAUAAAUUACGUUUAAGUAGCUAAUAUUGAAAAAAAGA